CUAUGGCAAAGGCACGUGAGGGAAAGUGGUAUGCGCUAGGGAGUGAGCUCUGGUAACCAACUUCUACACUGGUUAAUGACUGCAGACGAUAAAGGAAGAGCGAUGUUCAAUAUGCGUUUUCGGAGCUUGUAGCCACGUUUCUGCAUCGUCUGGAGGAGACUUAGGUACAACGAGGAGCAGCCGCUAUGGCGAAAAAAGGAAAUUUGUCCAUCAGUGUGGUGGCAACACUGCUGUUGAUGUCAACUUGGCGACUGUGUGAAAGCUCCGCUUGCCCGUGUUCGGAUCGCCAAGUCCAAUUCCAAAAGGAGUAUCAAAACUUCAAGGUUGAUGACGUGUUCGCAUUCAUGAGAAGUCAUUUGCACUGCUGUACGUUUGCCCUCCUUGGCUAUGAAGACAGAAAUGCUACCAUAACGUGGGAGUUCAACGGAGAGCCUCAUCCUUGGCCAAAGACAGUCAGCAACUUCGAGUGGCAAUUCUGCGGCCCUGAGACUAUCGAGACUCGCGAAGUUGCCCUCACCGAUGCUGGGAAUUAUACCUGCACCGUCACCUCCUUCGAACGGGACUGUUGUCAAAUCAACGACGAAAUUGAAUGUUUUUCGUAAGUAUGGAGAGGA